CGGUUAAUUCAUCCGCGAACGCUCAAGAAAAAGGCAGCUUCUCUUGACGGCUUGACGGCUUCACUCUCCAUCCCCAUCCAAUCAUCACCGUCCUCGUCGUCAUCUCACUCACGGAUGAUUUCUAGGGCUUUGUUGUUUCGCUUUGCAUCUCGAAAGCGGCGAUCCAAUUCAUACUCUCACGACGAGUGGUGCUGAUUCUUGUCGCAGAUCUCGGCCCUGGGGAGACAAGACGGUUUGUCGAGGUUCCCAUUUCCGCCUUCUCUUCGGUUCUUGAACCUUUUUUGUGCCCAAUUUGUCUUUCGCCCUCUCUAUUCGUCUGUUUCUUGGACCUAAAGUGGAACAUCAUCGGAUCGGUGGAGAAUCAAGAACCGGUUGAGACGAUGUAGCCGUAAAUCUUUAUCAAAACAUGCCCAUUCUUGAAGAUUCUGGGUUGUCUGGAUCUCGCAUUGCGUGAUGGGUUUGAAAUGUGAACUCUGCUUUAAGAUGUUCCACCAGAGCAAGAUCAAGUUGGCUGCGCUCGUGGGGAUCACAUUGUCCGUGCUUUCUUUGCUUGUGCAUAUUUUUGUUGCAAAUUAUUCAGUGGGGGACUUUCUACGAUACAAGUUGCAAGAAGACUACUUAUACCCACAGGGACAUAAACUUUGGCAUCGAAGGUUGUGGGGUCCGGUGAGCUCCUUGGAGGUCUUGCAACCAUAUGCUAAGCCGAGAAAUUUCUACCCUGUUCCAGGUCAGCAGAAUGGUUUGAUAUAUGCAAAAAUCUUUGGUGGAUUUGUGAACAUAAGAUCUUCAAUAUGCGACCUUGUUGCUAUUGCAAGGCUCUUAAAUGCCACACUUGUCAUUCCAGAGAUCCAACAAAGUGUUCGUUCAAAAGGCAUCAGUAAAAAAUUUAAGAGUUUCUCUUAUCUUUACGAUGAAGAACAGUUCAUAACAGCACUUUUAGAUGAUGUUAUUGUUAUAAAGAGCUUGCCAGCAGAUCUGAAGGAGGCUAGGAAAAGGACAAAAUUUCCUACAAUAUCACCGAAACGAUCAGCUUCCCCAACUUUUUAUAUCGGAGAAGUCUUACCUAAACUUAAACAAUCAAAGGUUAUUAGGAUGCUAGUUUCUGAUGGAGGAUGCCUUCAGCCUAUCCUUCCAUCAAGCUUGGAUGAAUAUCAGAGACUUAGAUGCAGGGUUGCCUUCCAUGCUCUUAAAUUCCGCACAGAAAUUCAGGCACUUGGCAAACAAAUGGUAGAAAGGUUACAGGCAACUGUUGGUCCGUAUCUAUCGUAUCAUCCAGGCCUUGUCAGGAACACCCUUGCAUUUCAUGGUUGUGCUGAACUUUUCCAGGAUGUUCAUACUGAACUCAUUCAGUAUAGAAGGAAGCAGCUGAUAAAACAGGGAACAGUUGAUGAAGAUCUUAUUGUUGAUUCAGUUUCUAGAAAGACAAAUGGUUCAUGCCCUCUAAUGCCUGAAGAGGUUGGACUUCUUCUUCGAGCAAUGGGAUAUCCACCAAAUACCGUAAUCUAUUUGGCUGGUUCUGAGACAUUUGGUGGGCAGAGGAUUCUAGUUCCAUUGCAAGCCAUGUAUACAAACUUAGUAGAUUGCACAUCCUUAUGCAGUAAGAAAGAGCUGUUAAACUUGAUUGGUCCUGAAUAUCCUCUUACUUCAAAUCUCUCUCAGCCUCCUCCAGUGAAGAGUGAAAAACAACUUAUUGAGGAGUGGAAGAAAGCUGGGCCUCGACCACGACCCCUUCCUCCCCCUCCUGCAAGGCCCUUUUACCAGCAUGAGAAUGAAGGUUGGUAUGGUUGGGUUGCUGAGACUGAUAUAGAGCCUGAGUUUUCGCCUUUGGAUCUUAGGAAGCAAGCACACAGGUUACUCUGGGAUGCUCUCGACUAUUAUGUUUCUGUUGAAGCUGAUGCAUUUUUUCCUGGUUUUAACAAUGAUGGUAGCGGAUGGCCUGAUUUUUCAAGCUUGGUCAUGGGGCACCGACUAUACCAAACACCUUCUGGAGUAACCUAUCGCCCUAGCAGGAAAACACUUGCUGGGCUGUUUGGCUCUGUACAUGAUAACUUGUAUCAUCCAACACACAAUUGGAUGCAACUGGUGCGGGAUCAUCUUAACAAGAGCUUGGGUAUUGACGGACUUCUAGCAGGGGCUAAAUCAUCAAAACCUGCAAAUUUUCUUUCCUACCCUUUCCCAGAAUGUGCCUGCCGAACUUCGAAAUCUUAUGACAUUCCUGCACAUGUGAUGAGCAGCAAUGGUGAGAUAUUGUAUGGAAUUGAGGAUGAAUGUCCUGAAUGGAUGGUUCGUGGCCUAGCAACGGCUUCCUUUAAGACAACUGGUGCCAAAGAUGAGGAUGUUGACGAGAUUGAGUUGCUGGAAGAUGACAAUGAGACAGACGGACAGUCUGAGUCUGAUAAUGGAAGCCGAAGUGACACAAGCAGAUCCAUGGAGCAUGAUGAAGAGAUGGAUCUAGAUGAUUAAAACAUAAUAGUGAAUAGAGAGAUCCAAAUUUGAAGUUGGCCCUUUCGGGAUGAGUUUGAAAGCUGUUUGUCAAGGCUGUAAAGAUAUAACCAAAGCUGCAAUCACUGUGAGUAUUCUUCUUCCGCAAGCAGAUCGAGGACACAUGCUUAGUUGCAGUUGUGGAGUGCUUGUUGAAUGUUCGGUCUCCAUAUACAAUCUACUACAGAAGUUAGCCUUAGCAUUCUUUUUACUCCUGCCCUCUUUCAUAAAAUCCUUAUUUUAAUUUAAUCUGUACAUUUUAGUCUGUAUCUUUAUGUACAUCAUUCAUUAGUUUGGGGAGGAGUAUAAAAUUUCUUGAACCCAUAACGAACCAGAGAUAUAAACCACUUUCUGAUCUUUGGACUACCAAAAUUGAUGCUGCUUGUUUCA